UGCAAAGGAAGGACGCUACACUCCGUAGUCAGGGAUCCAAAAACUCCUCUGGAUAUCAAUAAGACCAGGCAGAUAGCUCAGGAGAUUAUUAAGGGCAUGGGGUACCUUCAUGCAAAAGGGAUUGUGCACAAAGAUCUCAAACCCAAGAACAUUUUCUAUGAAAAUGGAAAAGUCGUGAUCACUGACUUCGGCCUGUUUGGAAUUUCUGGAGUGGUUCAAGAAGGAAGGCGUGAAAAUGAACUGAAGCUGCCUCAUGAUUGGCUGUGCUACCUGGCUCCCGAGAUUGUGCGUGAGAUGGCUCCCAGGAAAGGUGAAGAUAAGCUGCCCUUCUCCGAAGCUGCGGAUGUCUACGCUUUUGGGACCGUGUGGUAUGAGCUCCAGGCCAGAGAGUGGCCCUUUCAGAGUCAGCCAGCGGAGGCCUUGAUUUGGCAGAUCGGAAGUGGUGAAGGAAUGAAGCAUGUCCUGCAAACGAGUAGCCUGGGGAAAGAAGUUGGGAACAAAAAACAACCACCACCACCACCACCAAGCAUUUUCACUAGCACUUUUCUUAUUUCGAAUUAUUCGGGCACUAUUGAAGCCGUAUGGUUACAAAUCUGGGUUUUGUUGGUAAAGAAGCAAAGUUUUGAAUGUUGUGUUGAGAAUGGACCUUUUUGUCAGCUGGAAGAUUUUGACAGGUCUUGA